UGAAAUGUCAUGACAGUCACUCAAUUGUUCCAAGAUAAUCAUUGACUCGCGCUUGUAGCUGGAGUGGUGAUUCAUUCAGUUCUUCUCAAGGCUGUUGUCGGUGUGGCUGCGUUACUCGUGCGCUAGCAGUCAGCCAACCCACGUGCUUCGCAUGCUGAAGUCGUCCCCGGCCCGUCCUGCCAAUCAAUAAGUCAAAUCAAUUGUACGAUAGGUAAGAGUGAACUCUGUCACCGCCACGGCCUCCAUAAGUUGCCGUGAGUUGGUUUUUUCGUUUCCUGCUGUUCCCCUGCUGACAGGAGGGUUCACUGUGUCCAUCAUAUCAGACACAUCUCCGGGUGCAACCCUCAUGCCAGCCUCCUCAGAGGCAGUCGUCUGGCGAGCCCCCGCUCAGUUAAGCAAGUCAGCCUGACCCGUGAGGAGCGACACGAGAUGCUGUAUCGUGGUGGAAAUGAUGGAGGAAAGCCCUGAGGUGCGAGGUGACUGCGGCAUGGACAAGUUGGUCCAAUUCCUUGUGAUGUGGCAACGACAAACACUGCAUGCAUCAAAUAUCCCCGCCCAGAUGAACCCCAACCACCACAGUGGUUUUACACAGGUCAGGUUUUGUUAACUGAGACUAGGAAUGCUUUUUUAUUGUAUAAUAUGUAUAUGAUGUACGAUAUUUAAAAGUUCUUUAAAAGAUGUUUGGACAACCUUGGCUAAAUGGGAGGAGGACGUGCUCAGUGCCUGGAGGCAAGGUGUUGCUUGGCAACCAGGAUGCGCCUGACUGUAGCAGGGUCUUGAAGCCAGAAUGGUGUUUUAUUUUAAUAUUAACUGUCGAGUACCUUGGGUUCAGAAGGGCCUAUGUGAAGGUUCCAGUCUAAUUCUUGGGUUUGGACCAUUCCAAAUAAAUGAGAUGAACACUUUGCCUGUAUAUAAAUAAAGUGGGAUGCACUGGAACAGGUAAGGGAAUUUUGGCAGUACACUCAUCUUAAUACAGUUAAUAUUCCAUGCCAUAGAUGCCAUAGAUACAGUAGGUGCAGUCACUUCCAUUUUACCAAGUCUAGUUUCAUUUUGUCUGAAAGGUUAGAAAAGUUUGCUGUGUGAAGCUUUCCCAUGUCACCUGUGACAUUAAUGCCCGUCUAUUUGAAGCCAGAGUAGGACUUUUUUUUAAAUGGUAAGGUGUUCUUUUGUACCUCAACGCUUCUCCUCUGACUCUUCUGGCUCCUCAUCACUUAGGAACGGAUGCAGAAGAAGUCCCCUUUACUAUUAAACCAUGGAGUAAAUUGUCAUGUCGCAGUUGGUGGUACUGUGGUGUUAUAAUAUCCUGUGUAUGAGCUGACUCAAACGGAGCACAGUUUGAAGCGGAUGUGUGAUGUGUGGGACAGUGUAUGAAAAGCUCUUUGGAUUUUUGCGCUCGAAUGCUCCGUCUCUUUUUUUCAUCAACCAUGCAGCGUGAAGCCAAAGGCCUCCCACUGCUGCGAGAUUGUGUCUCCCACUGGACGCCGUGUGCAGCCGUCUAAAUUGAUGCGGUGGAGUGAGCUGUACACUAAUAUCGUAGGUCGAUAUCGUAGGACCCGGCCUCUUGAGUGACUGAAUUUGGUGUAAAGUGCCACCUCAUACGACGACAGUCCACAACUACCCUUCGGCUUUUCACCACCCGUGUCUUCACACAAGAUAUUAAUAUUUUAGUCCUAGUAAUUACGACUGAGGCUUUGUAGUGGAGGCUGGGGUGAAGCAGGGAGAGGUUUACUUCCCCCGAAAUGCCUCUCUGCACAUGUGAACUCUUUUCUUUUUCCAUGAAAGAUGUAUGACUCUAAUCCAGAGUCAGUGGGUGCGCUGUGGGCCGUGUGACUGUGUACGUUCUCUGGCUAUGUCCUAUAUUCUAGAGGUGGGCCUUAGCAACAGUGACUGAGCAGCGCCGCGCGGUUUGUACCAACCUCUCUCUCAGAGAGGGGUGCUGAUGCACACACGGUGGAAAACACAGCUACACCAGUGCUCCAGUUGUGUGUUGUCGUGGUUAUGCCGCGAUGUUGACGGCCACUCGACGUAGAGUAACGCUCUGCAGAUCUUUCCUCGCGAACCAGAUUAUUUGGUUUGCCAUCUUGUGAUUUUUGCAUCGUCCUUGUGAAUGUAGUAACAACCUCCUCAUGACAGGAGCCAAACAAGACGUCAAGUGUGAGUCAGAGUGGUGAAGCAGCUGUCUACAGUCUACAUUUGUUCAUCACAUGAGUUUUUGCUGUAAUUUUUAAGGGUUGACUGCUCCCUGCUGUAAGUCCUUCAGUCACACUGAUGCUCUUCCUAAUGCAGGAUCUGUCCUGCUUCACCUGAGGAAGUGACUGCAGUCAGUGUUGCAGGUUCUAGUGUAGAGGCGAGAAGCCUGCUAGAGAUUAGUAGACCAGAACCUGACCUGUGACCUCUCACCACAUGAUAGAAACCUUCCUCAAGCUUGAGACCAGACUGGGAAGUGGCGUAGAAGUAGCUGUUGAAAGGUGCUCUUGCUUCAACCUCACCCAACGAAAGGGAGUUACUGAUCAAGGUCUUUCUCCUGCAUCUCUAGAGUUUGUUUAUCAGUCAUUGACAAAUGUUGUCUGCUUCACAUUGGUGAUGCAAAGCCGGGUGAAACUCUUUCUCUCUCAGAUGACCAUGAUUCCUGUUACUGUAGUAGUGGACAUGUUUUCUGCCUCUGUGGUGAUUUGAGGUCCCGAAACCUUCAGACGAUUGCACGGCUGUUGCAGAGCUGACAUGCUGUUAGAUCAGCCUAAAUAAUUCACCAGUCACCCUGUUAGUUUGAAUAUUGAUAGGUGUAACGAAUGUUCAUCUCUGCCGCGUCGGCCCUUUAAACACAUUCCUCUCCCUCUCUCUCUCUCUCUCGCUACACAUCAUGUACUCCCUCGCUCGCUACCUGGUGGUCUCUUCCUCACUCGCACUGCACGCGACACAUUGCUGCUGUCUUUGUGUGUGUGUGUGUGUGUGUGUGUGUGUGUGUGGAGGGAUCAGCAGAGCUUCUGGAAUGGGAAAACAAAGGAGGAGAGAGCUUCUAGUGAGCAAAGCUAAACAACGUUGUCCGGAUGACAGGCAGUUGUCAUGGAGUGUCUGUUGGAAUUAUUGGCCCCUGUUUCUCCGUCGCUACAGCUUCUCUGCUCCACCGCUGCGUACCACUCGGUGAUUGAAGGCUUCUAGGGUCAGCGGGGGCAGAAGGUCCGCCCUGUUCUACAGGUCAGUUGCAAAGCUGAAAAUGAGUGCAAUCGGGGAAAGCCCCCUUGACCCUGCAGCGCCGGAGUCGCGCAAGAGGAAGGGCUCGCCAUGCGACACGUCGGGGCAAAGCCUUCGCAGACGGGAGCUGGAGUGCCGCUACAUCGAGGAGCUGGCUGAGCUGCUGUCAUCCAACAUAGGCGACAUUGCCAGUCUCAGCGUCAAGCCCGACAAGUGCCAUAUCCUGAAGAGCACCGUGGACCAAAUCCAGCAGCUCAAACGGCGCGAGCAGGAGAAAGCAGCUCUCCUGUCUCCGGAUGAUGAAGUGCAGAAGAGCGAUAUCUCCUCCAGUAGCCAGGGGCUGGUGGAGAAGGAGGCGCUGGGGCCCAUGCUGCUGGAGGCCCUCGACGGCUUUUUCUUCGUCGUCAAUCGUGAGGGACGAAUCGUCUUUGUUUCCGAGAACGUGACUAGUUACCUUGGAUACGCCCAGGAGGAGCUGAUGACCUCCAGUGUCUACAGCAUCCUGCACGUGGGAGACCACAAUGAGUUUGUACGCAACCUGCUGCCCAAAAGCCUGGUCAACGGGGUGCCGUGGCCGCAAGAAGCUGGCAGAAGGAACAGUCAAACCUUUAACUGUCGCAUGCUGAAGAGGCCACCCGAUGAGGUGGACUCAGAAAACCUGGAGGCUCGGCAGCAGUACGAGAUCAUGCAGUGCUUCACCGUCUCGCAGCCCCGGACCAUGCAGGAGGAAGGAGACGACCUUCAGAGCUGUCUGAUCUGUAUCGCCUGUCGGAUUCCCCGAGCCCAACCUGUCAGCACCGAGUCCUUCAUCACCAAGCAGGAUCCAACAGGGAAGAUCCUCUCCAUAGAAACCAGUGCUUUACGGGCCACAGGCCGGCAGGGAUGGGAGGACCUGGUCAGGAAGUGCAUUUACGCAUUCUUCCAGCCGCAGGGCAAAGAGCCCUCCCACGCCAAGAAGCUGCUGCAUGAGGUGAUGACUCAUGGCACAGCAAUCAGCCCCUUGUACCACUUCACAUUAAGUGAUGGGACCCCACUCAGUGCUCAGACCCGCUGCAAGUUCUGCUGCCCUCCAAACCCUGAUGUACAGCCCUUCAUCAUGGGCAUUCACACUAUUGACAGGGAACACAACACUGCUAGCUCUCAGGAAAACACUAACCCCAGCCUUCCACCGACCCUCAGCAGCCUUGCCCAGACUCCCUCCUGCUCCCCAGCCCUGACCCCGGGCAGCAACUCCACCCCGAGCUCGGCUCUCGCUGCCCCACACGGACACAGUCCUGCCACACCAGCAGGCUACCUGACGCCCAAUCGGACAUGUCCCCAGCAGGUGAACAGCCCGUCUCCUUUAAGCAGCCCACUCACAGCCACCCCUACCUCAUUCAUGCCCCCGAGGAUGCCACAGGCCAGUCCUGGCCUAGGGGCCAGCCCUCGGGUACCAGCGAAUCCUUUCUCCCCUGCCACGCCGGGACUCCACUCUCCCACCGGCGCCAUGGGCGGCGGCAGCCUCCUCACCAGGCAACCGUCCGCUGACGGCAGUAGUGGCACGGCGGGGUCCCACUCUCUGUCCUCUCCUGGUCCUCAGAGGCAAGCCAGUACCCCCAGCGGUUCCUCCACACGGCCUUCAUCAGUAAAACCUCCUGAGGCAGGCGAGGGAGGGCUGGAGGACUCUGUUAAAGUCCCCCUCUCUUCUACCUCCCAGUCGGGUAACCCCAGACUCAGCCAGCUCCUGGACAGUAACGGCACCUGCGUUGAAGCCGCACCUCAUCCCAACCUCCACCCCGCCCCGCAGUGCCCGGCGUCCCACAGUACACUCACGGAGCGACACAAGAUCCUCCACCGGCUGCUCCAGGACAGCAGUCCCAACGAUGCCUCCGCCGCCGAGGACGGGACGAACAAAUCUGAAGUCGAGAUCAAGAAGGAGCCCCCGGCUAGUCCGGUCAUAACCGCAGCACCUCACAAGUCCGGCUCCAGGGAGCCGCAGGACCACCAGUUACUCCGAUUCCUGCUGGACACGGACGAGAAGGACUUGGGGGACCUGCCACCUCCGUCUGCUCUCAGCCUCCAGACGGUCCGAGUCAAAGUGGAGAAGCGAGGCAGCGGCGAGGGUCCGGUCUGCGCCGGCUCCAAACCCGGAGGGGUCUCGAGCACCUCGGCCGGCGCCAGCCCCAAGCCUUCGCCCGUCGGGGAGACCCGGCGAGAAGGUCGGAGAGACAGCCGCGACUCCACGAUGUCGGGUGGCCCUGACGUGGACCCUCUCACCCAGCUGCUGCCUGGCCUGAGAGGCCCAUGCGAUGAUGCAGCCACCCCUGCAGGAGGCCCCCUGCUCCACUCUCCUGUCCCCCAACCCCCAGCGCCGCUCCAGUCCCCCGUCACUCAGAUCCAGUCGCCGCUGUCCCAGUCGCUUCCCCCACUGCAGUCCCCGUCGCCCCAGCUUCACUCCCCGUCACCGCAACUCAAACUGCAGUCCCCCACUCAGACGCAGCCCGGCGAGGCCAGCGCUCCCCGCGGUCUGAAUGUGAAGAGAGAGCCUCCCGGCACCCCCAGCAGAGGUCAAAGUGAUGCGGGUGCCGCGUCCGGUUGCAGCCUCCAGAGCUUUGAUUUCUGCAGUCCUCCCACUCCAAGCCAGGGGCCGGGGGAGCCCUUCCCAGAGGCCGACAUCAUCAGCCCCUUCACUUCAAGCUCCGGGCUGACUAAGAUGGAGGUGGGCGACUCGCAGUUCCAGCCUCUGGCUCUGUCCGACACGUUGUCCUUCGAUGGUGUGGGGACACCUCUGCAGGCUCCUCUGGCAUCGCCACAAGAGCAGUGUGUCCCCUGCUCUCUGGAUGACGUGCUGGGCCCACCCACCACACCAGAGGCCCGCAGCGAUGAGAAGGCUCUGCUGGAGCAGCUGGUGUCCUUCCUCAGCGGGACCGACGAGAGCCAACUGGCCGAGCUGGACAAAGCUCUGGGGAUUGACAAGCUGGUUCAGGGCGGCUGCUUCGACCCUCUGCCCCAGACCUUCCCGGCACAGCAGCCCUCUGCCACCCCGCUUCCCCUGGACCCCAAACUCCCCUCCUUCCCGGCCCAGUUCACGUCUUCGCCACAGAGUCCGUUUCCUCAGGAGGUGGGGGUCACAGUGGGGCCUCAAGGUCUGGGCUUCGGUUCCCCUCCUUUCCCCGGGGGGAGGCCCGCCGUGACCCGAGCUCCGGGGAUGAGCUCGCCGCUCAGGCUGCCGCCCAACCAGCUGCGGCUGCAGCUGCAGCAGAGGCUGCAGUGCCCUCAGCCGCUCCAGAACAGAUUGGCCGGCAUUAACUCCUUCCCUGGAGGGGGUCAGCCUCUGAACAUGGGCGUCCGUCAGGGGGUUGCACAGCCUCAGCUGCCCUCACAACCGCCCCUGAACGCCCAGAUGCUGGCACAGCGGCAGCGGGAGCUCUACAGCAUCCAGCACCGCCAGCGGCAGCUUUUCCAGCAGAAAGUCAUGCUGAUGAGACAGAACAUGGCCGGCGCCCCCACCGGGACGGCGGGCUCCGUAGGAACCGCCAGGAUCCCCAAAGGGCCGCCCACCACGCCCCAGCCGCAGCAGUUCAACUUCCCGGCCACAACGUACAGCCCGGCGACGGGAAACCCUCCUACCUCACCCAGCCAAUUCACCGGCCCGAUGGCUGCGGGCGCGGCCGACAACACACUGGCCGCCAGGCUGCCCCUGAACAAGCAGGCGUCCAUGGGGGCCACCCAGGGCCAGUUCAACAGCUCUGUCAACUCCUCUUUACAGCAGAGCCUGUUCCAGCAGUUUGGAGCCUCCGGUUUGGUCCAGCAGGAUCCAUCUUUCCCGUCUGAGAUGAGUCCCACCAGUGUGUUGUUGUCACCUCAAAACUCUGCCUCCCAAAGUCCUCUUCUGCAGCAAGCACCUCCCCCCGGCUACCAGUCCCCAGACAUGAAGAGCUGGCAGCAGACGGGCGUCAGCAGCAACAGCCUGUUCAGUCCGUCGGGACAGAGUGCGGGGCAGGCCUUUGGUCAGCAGGGGGUCUACAACAACAUGAGCAUCACAGUGUCGAUGGCCCGAGGCUCCGGCGGCGUGGGCUCCUUACCUCCAAUGGCUCAGCCAGUUGGCAUGAGCAACAGUAACCUCAGUAACGUUGGUUCCGUGUGUAGCGACCAGCAGGUGCAGCAGGUUCAAGUGUUUGCCGACGUCCAGUGCACGGUCAACCUGGUCGGCAGUGACUCCUACCUGAACCAGAGCUCCAUGGGGGGCGGGGCCCCGCAGAAGAGCGGCGGACAGCCGGGCGCCCAGAGCAGCCAGGCCCAGCAGAAGAGCCUCCUCCAGCAGCUGCUCACCGAGUGACCCCCGGCCCACAUCCGCUCUCCCUCUGCUUCUCACUUCUACGCCUCCACCGUGGAGGUCAGCGCACCAGACCCAUUGCUGUCUCUGUCUCACCUUUUCGGACGGAUGGAUCGAUGGAAGGAUGGAUGUUUGGACGCGGCCUGCGUGUCGGAGCGGUCUGCGUGUCGGCGGCCGAACCACUUCUGCGCGGCCGGCGGGUUCCUCCACCGCCCGGCUGCUUCAAGACUGGAGUCAGAAGAACCUGCCUGUCGAAUCUGUCUGACAACCUGUCUGUCUGCCUCAGCCUAUUAAAGGCAGUGUUGUCUUGCUGCUCAUUCCUCGGUGACCGGCUUCCUGCUUCCUGACCCAAGAAACAACAACAACAACAUUGCACGUCACUGUGACGGGCCGCACGCAGUGCUUCUUGGGAGCGUGGGUUGCGGCACACAGCUGAGCUCCACCUGGUUCUAUUGCGUGGGAGUACCUCACAGCAGCACCUCUUGUUUGAGUUGGUAUUUUCCCUUCUACCUGUCUCUCAGCGAUGUGGGAAUGUUCAUGCCUGACCUCUGUGGCAUUGUGGGAUAGAGGCUCAGUAUCAGCUGGUUCUGUGACUGACUGUCUCUCUCAGCUGCAGUGCCUGGUGGGAGCGCGGGCUUCCUCCCCAGCUCCGCUUCCUCUUCCACACACACACACUAUACUCUAUUCUGUCUUCUCUUUUGUUUUGUUUUUUUAUUCAUUGUUUAUGUAAAAAAAAAAAAAAUCUUCUGCUCUCACCGUCAUCAUCGAUUUCAGAACAAGCUUCAACAACAGCCAGAACGGACAGAUGGAUGGAUGGAUGGAUGGAUGGGAGACAGAGCGGAUGCUGCUCACUUUGGAACUGAUGUGUCUUUAUUUGAAGAGUAUAUCAAAUGGACUGUUAUGAUUAUUUAACUGUCUGUCACAUUUUGACCCCUCACCUCAGCAGCUGUGAAUACGGAGCCCGCUCGGCUUCCUUCUCUGUGUAUCUUUCAUGCCAUCUCUCAGCCUAUCAGUGUUGUUUGUACAGUACGGAAGGACUAAGACUCGGGGCAUGAGCUGCUCUCGCAACUGCUUUCCUACUUUUAAGAGAAAAAAAAAGAGAAGUGUCAUUAAUUCAUGACUCAUAACAGCAAAACUAUGUAUAAUGUGAUUUGAUCAGGUUUUAUUUUUUCUAAUAUUGUCAGGUUAUGAGAUUAUGUUCAUGCUGUUGUAAUGAUGUUUCAGUGGAGGAGGUAAUUCAUCUUCUAAAAUGUGAAAAGAAGAAUUGGAUAACUAGCUCCCCUCAGCACUUAGAAGUCGCCUCAUGCUCGGAGGUGGACGGUUGGAUUGCUCUUGGUCACCAGUCAGCCAUCUGGUUUAGUUUUGAAACCUUUGGGACAGCACACGUGUUGUGUCAACAGCAGCUUCGAAGUCGCAGACCUUCCCCUACUUGGAUUGGAAUCGGUGUUUCUCUCCUCCACCUGUCACUCCGCUGUCACACGCGGUUCUCUGUUUACUACUGUUGCUCAGUCACACACUGUCUCUCUCAGUCAUCGCAAACCACAGUCGACAAAAACAAGAGCCCAGUCGCUUUCCGUGCCACAGAUUCCAGCCAUGAUUCUGGAGAAAGUGACGCGCUGGGAUCAGUUGUUGAAGUGGGCUCAGACAUGUUCCGCUGCUGUCGGGUCGCAGGCCUUGAAUCAAAGAUGGCUUCGAGAGUCCGAGCUGGACCUUCAGUUCAGCCGACGGAGUAGCUGCUGAAUUGGGUUGUGGCAGCGGAGCCACUGUCCCCACGGUCAGUGCUGAGCCACACGGGCAGGAGCGUCCUGUGAUGGUGGGAUCUGGUCACCAGGCUCGUUGCUUGUCUUGUGGGGUGGUGGAUCGGCCGCCGUCCUUCCAGACCCAUCUGGUUCUGAGCUGGUGACUGAAGUGAUGCUCUCCUCCACACAGUCCGGCAACAUCUCUGUAGACCACCCAAACUUCGAGGUUCAACAUCUGAUCCCAGCGCUUCUGUCCCGGUCCAUCGCGGCACGACCCCCCAUAUACUGAGCGGAAGGUCAGCAUUCCACCUCCCUCCAAAGUUCUGUGACCACAAGAGCAACUGGUCAACCAAGUCCUCAACCAUCCGCCACAGUUCAUUACCUCAUCGCUUCUUUUUCCCAGCGAGGCCUGUCUGGUACAGCUUGGUUUUUGGAAGCUCCUUCUCCUCACAGGCUUCCUCCCGUUUGUUUCGGAGAGUCUGGGAUACCUCGAUCCUUGCUGAGGCUUAUUCUGCGAGUCCGUUUCUCUCCACGACCUCGGGAGCUGGACGGGCUGGAGCGUUAGUGGAAGCGCUUGUUGACGCGUCAUUCCUCUGUCCUCCAGCGAUGAUGGAGAGUCACGAGCCGGGCGUCCAUUCCUCCGCAUCCUUCCAUUCCCACUGGGCAUUACUCUCAAGCAUCUCCCUGCUCCAGACCUGGGCGGAUGCCAGGGCUCCUCCGCCGUGGUGGAGCUGCUGGUGCGACUCCGGCUCGUCCGGCGCCUCCGUACAAAGGCUGCGUCCCCUUUCCUUUCUUGGACCUUCACCUCAUCCAAACACUCUCUAACUCAGUUUUCAAACUUCUCUCUACCUCAUAACUGAGACGUCGACACUUAACUCGCCAAACAGCUGUUUGUUUUGGUGCAACAUUCAACUGGAUUCAGACUGCGUUGUUCGAAGCUCUUCAACUGGCCAUUCCACGCGUUCAUUUCUCCAGAGAAGCGGAACGGGACGCAGCCAUUUGGCCUGCACUUUCCCAUCUGACAUUGCACUUAUCUGGCGAGCGGCAAAUUCAUUCAAGAGAAGCUGCACAAAGAUCUAGAAUGUAUAUGUUUGUGGGGGGAGGAGGGGCACCUCUUCCUAGUCCGCUCUUGGGUUCUCACUUGUUCAGUAUUUCUGUGUGGAAAAGUCAUUCCUCCCAGUACCCGCUGUUCCUCAACACCACCACAUGCCAAAUACAUUCAGUGAGGUUUUGGUUUUAUGCAAGUGGAACAUUUCCUCCAUCCUCACCACACUUUCAACAGGUACAAGGUUGUUGUUUUUUUCAUCCUUUUUUUAUAUAUAUAUAUAUACACACGCAUAUAACUUUCUGUUUCUAAGAUGUUAACAUCAUGUAAAUAACAGAGAAAUGUGAAUAUGUAUUUGUUCAGAAUCGACAACAAGGAAAAAAAAAGCUAGUGCUCCGAGUUUGUGGUGAAUAGCUACUCGCCGCCGUCAUGUUUUUACCUUUUCUACUUGGAUUUUUUCCUGACGCUGUAUGUAUGUGGCGACUGUGGGCGAGCGUGUAUGUCUGUCAGUGGUCGAUACUGUAUACCUGGAGGAUGGAAGAGUGGCACGGUGACCUGACACAGGCCUGUGGGUGGUUGUCUUCACAGAACGGUGCCAGACAAUGGUUUAGCGACUGCUGAAUGUGAUGUUACUGAGAGAAGCAGUGUGGACUGGCUUUUUGUACGGGUUAAUUUAAGGUAAAGCAAAGGCCAUAUUAUUUAAUUUCUCUGUUGUCAAGAAAGUCUAAGCAGAUCUGGGAGCGUGGAGCCUUGGCUUUCUGGAGGAGCGUUGCUGGGCGGGGUCUGUUUUUCUGCUCGGUCCAAAGCUUCAAGCAUGUUGGAUGGAUUUUCAUAUGCAAAGUUGAUCAUCAUCAUCACUGGAUUUCGCCCCGUCUUGUCCUCUCCCUCUCUCUCCCUCUCUCACGUGUCCCUCCUCGAUAAGGUCAUGACCCAAAGUUCAGAGCCUCAAACGCUGUCACUUGUUUACAGUCGACUACACGCAGUUAGCUAUGCACCUUACUCCAAACAAGUCGCCUCAUUUGUAGACUCGACACUGGACGACACGGCGGCGGGAUGUUUGUUUCGUGAAGCAGUUGAUCGCAUUGUCUUCUGUCCCAUCCAUACUUUCUACCAAACUUGCGGUGCCUCGUGUAUAUAUAUAUAUAUAUAUAUAUUCAGGAUCGACCUCGCUGUCUCUGAUUUUUUUCAGAAAAUACGAAAUAGGGUUUUUUAACCUUUCUACAAAAAAAAAAACAAACCUUUUUUUACUCACCUAGUGAAUCAGAUUAUUCCAGGAAUUUGCAAAUACAAUCCAAUGUUGCACUUUAGUGAACAAGGCCAUCCAAUCUGACACUCGGGUGCGUUCCCUGAAUGUAACGGCAGUGUGGGAUCCCUGCUGGUUCCCCAGAGAAAUUGGCGUCCGCGUGUGGCGCCUGGCCGCGGAACUAAGCCGCUCUUCUUCAGGUGACUUCCCUCCUCUGCAAACCUCCGGCGGGUUCCACUCAGAACAUUCCUGCUAGCGCCAUUCUUCAUCUGCCAUGUUGACCACGCCCCUCUCUCUCCAGUGCUCAGCGGUGUGCAUACGGCCCGUGGAACGUCGAGCCUUGGCCUCUUUACAACCUGCACACGGUCCCGCUCAGUCCUCCAGAGGAGGCUCAGCGCUGCCUCACAACUGACAACCGUGUACAGCCCCUAGUGAUGGGGAGUGAUGGUGGACUGUGGGAGGAAAGCGGAGAGAGCCCUUGUGCACACGUGCAGAUAGGCCACCGACGCAACCUGAGAGUCGAACCCACGGCCUUCUUGCUGCAAGGCAAGAGUGCUAACCACUAUUCCUGCCGUGUGGUCGCGCGUUAGCACGUCGCCUGAGCGACAAGUUGAGCUGCUGCCUUUGUUUUUGAAAACGAGCAGUUUAUCUAGUGAGAAUAACUCUGGAUUCAGCGCUUCUGCAGCGUCAAAACCAGAGGAGCCUCCGACGUCGCAGCUAAGCUAGAACUGGGGCGCCACUUGAGCACUUGGCGUCUUGAUCUUGGACUGGUACAGAGCGCUAAGACUUGGAGAUCCGCAUCAGACGUUAAGCUGCUUGGCAGCGUCACACUUGUUUAGCUUCACCAGAACCUCAGCACUUCAACUUUUCAAGCGCUCCGCGGGAAAGUCGCGACUAACUUUGUGACUUAGCUAGUACGGCCUUUGUAGACUACUCUCCCUGGUCCCUGAGCUUCUUCAAAGGACGGCGAAAGCUAGCACCCGGAGCGCUUGAACCUCUGGAGCUAGCUGUGGCCGGCCAGCCUGCUGGCCCCUGGCCCCGGGCCCCAGGCUCCCACCGGCCUUGUGGCUUCCUCUGAAAGCUCUGUGUCUCGUGGGGGGGGGUUGGAAAGACCAAGGUUCCACUGUCUCCCUUGUACAAAUGAAUAUAAAUAAGUCUCUCUCUCUCUAUAUAUAUAUACACACACACAGUAAAUACAUAUAUAUAUAUGGGACAUUUUCCUCAUGUUUGUCCGGUUUGGCAUCUUCCACUCGUGUGACGAGCGGGAGGCGUCAUCGCAGCAGCUAUGACCCGUCGACAUGUUGGUGUGGGAGGAGUUCAUGCAUGUCAGACUCCCUCUCGCUCUGAAGCUCCCCCCAGAGCGCCCCCUUCAGGUGUGAGCUCAAACAGACCUUUUCUUUGGAAUGUUGUAGACAAUCAGUCUCAGGCCGGGUCCAGCCGCGGCGGGGGGUCAGACCAACCCCCCCGCACCCCCUCUGUCUUCGAGGGAACUUUCUUUGUAUCUACUGGAAGUGUCACUUUAGGAGGUUUGUUCGUUCAUGUGUCCUUGGCUGCUCAAGUUUACACACACACACACGCUCAGAAACACCUUGUGCGUUUGAUCCCUCUGCUUCUGUUUCCGAGGCGCGGACGCCCACCUCGAGCAAAUGAUGCUUUGACUAACAGAUCUAUAACAUCUAUGAAUGUGAGAAUGCAACACAUUGCAAUAAAAGCACCAUCUGAAACGCAGCGGCGCCCGCCUCUUUGUUGGCGCCGCGCCUUGUGUCUCACCGCGGCUGGCGUGUCAGCCAGCGUGUGGCUCUCAGGUCCAGUGGUCCACCUGUCCUGCUCCUCCAGCGUCUCUCCUCUCCACCUGUCCUCCUCCGUGGCUCCCGACCCAGGUCCUCGGCACCUUCUGGUGUUGUUGUCACCGCCGCAGCAGCUGAGACCCCUGCAACGGAACAAAAAGCCACAACCCUUCUUUGGCCAACUCUGUUUUCUCGACUGGUCCUGAGCAGGAAUCCCGAGUCGUCCGGUCCGCGACAAGACCGGCUCAAAAUCUUCAGUCUCUCAGCAUUCUCAGGUCUGCUGCUGACCAUGGCCUGCACGCUCUUCUUCACCGCCCUCGCCUCCGUCCGUCACUCUGAUGAUCCUCCAAACCUGCCUCAGAUCUGGGAGCGCAGUCACGGAAGCCACCACUUGAAGAAGCUCAAAUCGGAAUUUAUUGACACCUGAAUCCCACGCUGGCUUCAGCGGCGCCUCUGAGAGUCGCUGGUCGCGCAGCGUGGUGGAGCAGUCUGUAAACAGAGCGGGGUUAAAGUGCACAUGUGGUCCAGCGAGUCCUGAGGAGAAGGUUUUCAGAUGAGCUUCUUUAAGAGAGGUGGCGCCGCUGCUCCCAGAGGCUCCGAAGCGGCAGCUGAAAGACUCCACAGAUGGCUGACAGGUGCCAAGGGUGGGGAGGUUUCUAGAGUUUGGACUGCUGGCAGACCACCUGCUCGCGGCCGCUGCUCUCCACUUGGCCGUGGCUGGUGUAGGCCAGCUCCUCCGCAGGGGGCCGCCUGUACUGCUGGUACUCCACUAUGGGGUAGGUGACGCUGCUCAGCAGCAGGAAGAAGAGCAGGAUGUAGAGCUUGUGCUCCAGGCACAGGAAGGUGCUGUAGGCGAAGGCCACCACGAAGCCCAGCGACUCCCACAUGCGGUAGUUGGCGAAGGCCGCCUCCUUCUCCUUGGUGAACAGGAUCCCGUACAGAGCUGCGGGACGUACACGGGUCUUGGUCAAGCAGGGGCUGAGGAGGCGUGGCCUGGACCCACCGUUGGUCUGCGUCUGCCACACGGCGUCCGCCAUGCCCCACAGCGCCGGGAACAGGAAGAAGAGCGGCAGGUCGCCGGGCUCCGGCCUCCAGAACAGCAGCGCCAUGAUGCAGGCGAAGUUCAGCGCCGCCGCUGAAACCACAGUCGAGGCACGGUGAACAUGAAUGUGAGGAGCGGCGGCGGCGGCGGCGGCAGCCGAGCGUCUCUCACCCAGCAGGAAGAGCGGCGCCCUGCCGGUGUAGCCGGCCAGACGGCCGAAGAGGUAGGAGCAGAGCGAGUUGGAGGCCCCGAAACACAUCAUGACCCAGCCCACAAAGUGGAUCCCCAAGGCGCAGGUCACGUAGUUCUGAGGGGAGGAGGUCAGCUCAGUGACCGCGGGAGGAAACUGGAGGGCCCCCGCGUGGCGGAGCUGCUCGACCAGUUCAAGUGCAGCGUGGCGCCUGACCUUGGUGAACUCCCCCGACAGGAAGCUCUGCUCGAAGCCGCUGUAGACGGUGAGGGGGACGAGCAGCAGCUGCCUCCAGUCACGCAGCUGCCGGAAGGUGGAGAGGAAGGUCUGCGAGAGCGGCUCCCGCUUGCCCCGGAACUGGCUGCUCUGCUCCUGGUCGAUGUUGUCCAGGAAGAGCGCCACCACCAGCAUGGCCAGCACGCCCGCUCCUGCAACACACAGGUGCGCGGCAGCAGGGUUGGUGCCAGACACACACAGAGAGAGAGAGAGAGAGAGGAGGCCACGGGCGCCACUGACCGAUGUAGCAGCCCACCAGCGUCCACACCAGCCUCUGAGCCGGCUGGCUGGAGCUGCCGCUCACGUUGAGCUGCAGUCCACAGUCGGCUGCUCCGCACGUCUGCAGCUGCUCCUGCGACACCUCCACUGGGGGACACACACACACACACACAGCAGCAUGUUCAGGGCCAUGUUACACCCCCGUGACCUUCCUCGAGAACCUCCACACCACCAGCAGAACAGAGCGACCAACUCUCCUGAAGCUUCAUCCAGCCCUGAAAUGGUCUUCAGCUCUGUGACAGGGCUCCCCCUGCUGGGCAGGAUGGAACUGAAGGCAAACCUGGGCCCCUGGCCUUGACCCUUGACCCCGGGAUGAUGCUGUGACGCCUGUCUGAUCCAGCGACAGCCACUUUUACAGUGCAGAGCGCCUGAGCCGAGGUCAGACCCUGCGGCUGCAGCACAGUCGCCAUCUUGACUGGUGAGAAAUGAAACACCAGACUCAUGAGGAUCAGCACCUCUAAGUCUGAGGCCAUGGUUCUCAACCGGAAGAGGACGGCAGAGUGAGAUCCUGCCUCAAGUGGAGAGGUUCUUGGGGUCUUGUUCUCGAGUGGGGGGUGAGGGAGUUGGACGGCAGGGGGCGGUAUUGCAGUCGCUCUACCGCACUGCUGUGUGUAAGAGAGAGCUGAGCCAAAAGGCAGAGCUCUCUAUUCACCACUCGAACAUGGUCCAUGACCCUCACACCUGUGGUCCUGAGCUGUGGGUCAUGACCGAGAGAAGGGGAUCCCGGACACACGGGACUGAAAUGAGCUUCUUCUGGUGUGUGGCAGCGUCUCCCUUCGAGAGAGGCUGAGGAGCUCUGUCACUCGGGAGAGACUCGGAGCAGAGCUGCUGCUUCUCCCUGUUGAGAGGUGUUGGGAGGAGACCCACCCAGGACCGGGCGGAGGGGGGAGGCCUCCUCUCUGGCCUGGGAGCGUGUCGGGAUCCCCCAGUCGGAGCUGGUGGUUGUUGCCCAGGAGAAGGACGUCUGGCACGGCCUUCUGAGGCUGCUGCCCCCGCGACCCGGCGGCGGGUGAGCCGACGAGGACGGAGUCAGCUCUGUGUAGGGAUGACCUCUGACCUCAUCAGGGUCAGGGCUCUCCACAGCACUGCGGUGGGACCUUUGUGCUGGCUGAGACUCUGAGGCACCGUGGUCCGUUCCUGCUCAAUAUGCUGAGCUGCUGUGGAACGUCGUCUUCAGGCCCAGGUUUGUCUGCGGCUGCACUGUGUGUGAGCAGUGUGACGUCGGCCUCCGGCUCAGGGAGGUGGGGCGAGGACGCUGCCCCUCACAGUGAAGCCAGUGAAGCAGUCUGCUGCGGCGGCUGACCUCUGUCCGGGUCCUGUCCGAAGAUGAGCGAGGACAUCAGGUUGCCCCACACGGUGGAGGACUGGAAGACGAAGAAGAAGAUGCCGAAGUACUGGUUGAUGAGCUCGGAGCCCGGCCGGCCCUCGCGGGCCGCCUCCGCGUUCCCGGCCAGCGUCAGGUAGCUGCACUUGGCCGCCCAGAGGGUGGCGCCGCCCAGCCCCAGCAGGAGCGAGGUGGGGAUCAGAGUGUACCUGCGGAGGGUCAGCGGGUCAGCCGCGGAAACACAGCUACACUGCUCAGACCUUGUUUGUCAAGUGAGUGGUGGGACUUGAACAGGUGAAUCGCCAGUUCAUCGUGAUAUAUACAUGAAUACGAAUUUGAUGUGAUGGACCAGUGUGUUCUCUCCAGACAGCAGGGCACCUUUGUCAGCGCAGCAGCUCCUGCUCCACUGCUCCCACUGAUGCAGCCAGGAUGAGAACAACAACAACAAACAUGGAGGAAUCCUCCCUGAACCAAAGCAAAGAAAAGCAGCUGUUGGCUUUGCUUCAGGGAGGUUUUUCAACACACAAUGAAACUCUGUUGUGCUGUUGUCAAACAACAUUCUGCUGCUUCACUGUCUGUGUGGCUCCAUCAGGGGAUUCACUCAGAGACCACAUUCAUUCACGUUGAAACACGUGGCUUCUGGUGGCAAAUCUUCUAUAACAGACCGUGAGACUGCCAUGAAAUGACAUCAGUUCAUCACAAAUUCUCGGAUUAAGGAGAGUCGUUUUUUCAUCAAAUCGCACCCUCAUAAAGAUCUGAACAGGAGCAGUGAAACUGCUGACAAACCUACUGAGCAGCAAGUGAAAGGAGCGUGGCAGGAGACGCACAUUCAAACCUCAACUCCAACCUUCUCUGACCGACUUCAAACAAACUGGAGUUCGGGGAGCAGCCCGCGUGCGCGCUCCUCACCAGCUGGGGUAGAGGUUCCCCACAGAGUAGGAGACGUAGCAGGCCAUGCUGAGCAGGACGGUCCACUUGCAGCCCAGGUUCUUGAUCAUGACGGGAGGCAGGAACAUGGAGGAGAGGAUGAUGCUGCCGUAGAUGACGCUGAGGGAGGCCACGCCCAUCCCCUGCUGGCUGUUCAGGCUGCUCUGCAGAGACACCACACAGUCGCGACAGAGUCACCACAGGGUCCCGCUCCAGGGUCCCGGGUCCGACCCGGCGGCAGCAGAUAACUCUGCGCGUCAUGAUAAGAGGCUGGUCUGCUCAUGAGUUUCAGCGCAGGCUUUGGUGCGUCUGACGGCCUCAUGACGCAGGUGCAGGACAAGCGUCUCCGUCCCUCGCCUCAGAGACUCGCUCUCCGUCUUCUGUCGCUAAAAACAACCUUCUCAUUCCACAAACUGCCUUUGCUUUCUGUGGCUCAGCAAACACUGUCUCAACUGGAGAUCCAAAGGUUUUGUCAUGAUUCCGCUUUUAUUUUGGUCACGUGAGUCCUGCUUUGCUCUCUCCCUCCGUUCUUCCUGUGGCGCACGGCUGGAGCCAGUCAAGCCCUGCUCACCUGAGCACAAGAGCACCUGGACUCCAGCGGCGUGUGCCAGAUGGUCUCCUCUAGUACCUGUGGUAAAUUGGUUCUGCUUGUUUGUUGUCUGUCUGUGCUCUAAAGUAGUUUGCUCAUUUUGACUACACUCUCUGAGACCCUGGUGCCUGAGCUUAGUUCCUUUAUUCUGUGGUUUGACUAUCUCUGUUCAUUGUGCUUUGGUCUCUGUUUCCAGAUUUAAGUUGGUUUGCGUCUCCCGGUUCGGUGAGGCUUUCUCUUGUGGUUUUUCUUGUUGUUAAUGAUUAAAAACGUAUUUCUGACUGGCUCCUGCCUCCCGCGACUUUCACCACUGCACUUGGGUCCCGCCCCACGUCCUGACCCCUGACAGUUUUUCUUCCUGUAACUUUUUGUCUCUCCCUGUGAGAGUGGUUUACACCUUGGAAAUCAGGAACACGUGUCA